CGAACGCCCUCUAGCGCACGACGAUCUCUUUUGUCUGAAAGAAGCCUGUGAAAGAAUCCUCUAGAAAGUAGGCAUAGAAUCUCCGGUAUCAAAAUCUUUACGUGAAAAUUUAAUUCGUUUUCCCGAAGUUAAAGUGAGUAUUUGCUGCAUUAUUUAUUAGUUUUCAGUGUGUUUAUUAAUACGGAGUGUUAUUUGAAACACAGCUGACAAAAUGUGUGACCGCAAGGCGGUGAUCAAAAAUGCUGACAUGAGCGAGGAGAUGCAGCAGGACGCUGUAGACUGCGCCACACAAGCACUGGAAAAAUUCAACAUCGAAAAGGACAUAGCCGCUUUCAUCAAGAAAGAGUUCGACAAGAAGUACAACCCCACGUGGCACUGCAUCGUGGGCCGCAACUUCGGCUCGUACGUGACGCACGAGACGCGCCACUUCAUCUACUUCUACCUCGGGCAGGUUGCCAUCCUGCUGUUCAAGAGCGGCUAGCCGCGCCCCGUCACGCUCCAAAUUUUUCGUUAGCCCCGGCCC